AUGAGGGAUCGCGGUCGCACCCCGCCGGGAGGUCCCGACAGCUAUGUCCCCGGCAGACCGUCUCCUCGACGCAGGUCACGCAGUGUUGAUCGCUUCCGCGACAGAUCAAGAGAUCGUGGUGCCCCUCAGCGUUGGCGUCGUAGCAGAAGCCGAGGAAGAACCGACUUGCAUCGUGGUUCUCCAAGAAGAAGCCCAAUGAGAAGAUCACCGCCUCCCCGGUUCAUGUCUCCUCGGCGAGACGACCGCCGUGAUGACCGGCGAGAUGACCGGCGCGACAUUGACAGAAGAGACGAUCGCCGAGAUGACAGGCGAUUUGACGACAGAAGAGAUGAUCGCAGAGACGACAGAAGAGAUGAUCGAGAUGAGCGCCCUCGUUCUCCUCUCCCGCGUCGCGACUUGGACAUCAGACGCAGGUCCCGCUCGCCUUUUGACAGAGACAGAAUUCGCCGGGACCGUUCUCCCCCUCUGAGACGUUCUCCUCCAGCCGGUCCCCGCGGCGGAGGUUCUUAUCGUCCUCGCUCUCGUUCUCCGGAACGUCGAGACCCUCGCGAUGACAGAUAUCCUCCUGCUGCCUCGACCUUCCGUCGCCAGUCACCGCUGCCCCGGGAUUCCGUCAACACUUCGGUGAUCAACUCUCGCAGCGGCUCUGGUAGAUCCUCUCCGCGGCCUCCUUCUCGUCGUGGCCGGGACGAUCGGUCUCGACCUCAGUCUCCCGCGCCCAGGUCUCCGCCUCGUCCGCCCUCCAUGAGAGCGCCAACUCCCGUACAAACUUCGGCUCCUCCCCCGCCCAGAGAGACCCCCAGACAGGCCCCGCCGCAGCCCUCGCCACAGCAGCCUGUCCAGUUAACUAUGCAGCCAGCCCCAAGGCCAGCGGCUACAGAGAUCAAUUCUACUCCCAUGCGCUCUCCUCCCCGGGCCCCGGCAGCGCUUAGAGCCCCUCCCACCGGCCCGGCCGCCUCCCGCAACUUCACCUCCCCCGUGGCACCCAUCCCGCAACACUCGACCCCUCAAAUCCCCCCGAGCGGCCCAGCCCGGGAUACUACUAGUCCUAGCAUCCCGCCCUCCGGACCCCGCGGCUACAUUGCUCCCUCCCCCAGAGGCAACUUCACCCCUCGCAACAGCAUCGGCGGAGGAGGCCGCGGCAUCAACCCUUCCUCCUCCUGGGGCCCGCCCAACUCUGUCUCAAGGAACCACAACCACCCCUCCCAUCUUCCACCUCGACAAACCUCCUCCCCUACCAUCCCCACCUCGACCGGUCCCUCCUCCAUCCCGACAGGUCCCCGCUCAGCAGGGGGUAGCAUCUCGGGCCCCUCCCACAACGGCCCCCCCUCCACCGGCGUAGCCUCCCCCUCCCCCUCCACCCCCUCCGUCUCCCUCCCCCCUCCUACCGGCCCCUCCGCUGGUGUCAACACCAACAGGCCGUUCAACCCCCCCACCGGGCCCGCCUUAUCCUCCCCGCAACCCCCUCGCGCGACGCUGGCUCAGAAUCUGAUGAGUACCUUGCCCCCUCUCCUUCCCCCGGGCAGUGGCGGGAGAUUAGACCCCUCAAUGGCAACAAUAGACGAGAAGGACCCCCACUACAGAAAAAUGAAAGAAGACGAGGAAAGGCUGAGGGAGGAGUUGAAGGUGCGACAAGAAAAAUUAAGGAAGAGCAUGAGGGUGUGGGACCGGAUGGAGAGGGAGAGUAAGGGGUGCGAGUUGAAGAGUGAGCUGAGUGAGAGGAGUUUGAGGGGGCUGAGUGGGGAGGGGCAGGGAGGUGCUUUUUAGGCGGUUGAUUAUGGGGGUGGUGAUUGUGGAGGAAUCAUUGGUGUGUAAGGUCAAGUUGACGAUGGCUGUGUGGUCAUGAUAGCCAACGACAUCUCACUGAAAACGAGAGAGAGAGAGAGAGAAUGUGGGAUAUUGUUCGCCAAGAGAAGAUGGUAAUGGAGGGGGGGUUGUUGUUGGGGGAGGGGAGGGAAAAUUGGAAGGUGUUGUCUGCUGCUUUCUUACACGACCGAGAUGAACUGGCUGGGUUAGACCCCGUUGACAUCAACGUGGUUGUCUCAGGAAAUCAACAGCAAAGUGGACACCAAAUGUGGUCAGGCAAAGCAGACAGCAAACAUGGAGAAAUCAUAACUAAAGAGAAAGAAAGAGAGAAAGGAGAAAGGGCGUUGGUUUUUCGUGAUGAUUACUGUACAUAUUUUAAUAGAGCUUGAUGUAAUAUUCCUGACGGGCUUUUCCAACUUGUGGUCUGAGGUGGUUUCUUCUCUGCUGGACCCCAAGCUCGAAAUAAAAAUCAUCAUGGCUCUAACACCAGU